AUGUACGCCAUUGCAGCUGUGUUUUGUGCGCUGCUUCACUUCGGCUGGACUCUGAUGCCGAACAACGCGGACAAAUGCGCCCGUGUAACCGACAGAGGAUUUGAAUCGGCUGUCUGCAAGAUCCGAACCCUUGAGAGCGAGGGAACUGCUAUAGCUUCAGUAUCCUCUGAUACUAGCCGACUCUCUAUAGAAUGUAAUCACCUGCUCUUCUUUGAAAGCUCUCUAAAGGCUCACUACUUUAAGCCCGUUCCAGGUCUUGUUGAUUUGUCAAUAAGCAACUGUAAGCUUCUAAGCGUACCAGACAACACAUUCCAUGGCCUAAGGAAACUUAAAAAGUUGCAACUAAGAUCGAAAAACUUCGAGUGGAGCCCUACUAAGAAUUUGGAGUUGUCUUUGAACGCGUUCAAUGGAUUAUCGGAACUGCAGUCGUUGGAUCUCGCUCAAAAUAACAUCAAAUUCAUUCCUUCCGGUGUGUUCUGCGUUUUGGAGAAUUUAAACACACUCAACUUAACUUACAAUCGAAUCAAAACCGUUGGACAGAUCGGCUUUGGACAAGGAUGCGGAUCUAGUUUACAAAGUCUGGAUCUAAGUCAUAAUAUGAUUAAAACUAUAUCGGAUGGUUCUGAAUUGCUGAAAUUAAGAAGUUUGCAACAUUUAUAUCUACAGCAUAAUAAUAUCACCGACAUAUCAAAUGAAGCAUUUGACGGGCUUAUAUCUAUGAGAGUUUUAAACAUAUCCCACAACCGCUUGCACACAUUGCCCGAAGGACUGUUUGUGAAUGCCAGAGAAUUAAGAGAAAUAUACUUAAACGAUAACAGCAUUUAUGAGUUGGCUCGAGGUAUAUUUCAUCGUCUAGAACAGUUGAUUGUUUUAGAUAUUUCGAGUAAUCAACUUACGAGCAAUCACAUUGAUGACGGCACUUUCUUGGGCUUAAUCCGGUUGAUCGUUCUGAAUUUAUCUAACAACGCACUAACAAGAGUGGACGGGAAAACGUUUAAAGACUUGUUCGUUUUACAAAUACUUAAUUUGAAAAACAACUCGAUUGGAUACAUCGAAGAUAACGCUUUUUUGCCACUCUACAACCUGCACACGCUCAAUUUAGCCGAAAACCGUCUUCACACAAUAGACGAGAAUUUGUUCAACGGCUUAUUUGUUCUCAGCAAAUUGACCCUCAACAACAAUUUACUCGUCAACAUCGACCGUAAAGCAUUUAAAAAUUGCUCGGACUUAAAAGAAUUGGACCUCAGCUCUAAUCAGCUACUGGAAGUACCCGAAGCUUUGUGGGAGCUUCCGUUUCUGAAAACGCUCGAUUUAGGAGAAAAUCAGUUAUCUAACUUCAGAAAUGGCUCUUUCAAGAACUUGAACCAAUUAACCGGCCUGAGGUUGAUUGACAAUCAAAUAGGAAACUUGAGCGUCGGAAUGUUUUGGGAUUUGCCGAGUUUACAAGUUUUGAAUAUCGCAAAGAACAAAAUUCUGUCAAUUGAAAGAGAAACGUUUAUUCGCAACACACAACUAGAAGCAAUACGUCUGGACGGCAAUUUUCUGUCGGACAUCAACGGUGUUUUCUCAACGCUCGCGAGUCUUUUGUGGUUGAACUUAUCGGAAAAUCAUCUUGUGUGGUUUGAUUAUGCGUUUGUGCCUAGUAAUCUAAAGUGGUUAGACAUUCAUGGAAAUUUCAUUGAACAUUUAGGCAACUAUUACAAGUUGCAAGAAGAAAUUCGUAUAAAGACCUUAGAUGUUAGUCAUAAUCGUAUUUCGGAAAUAUCGCCAAUGGCAAUACCUAAUAGUGUUGAAUUACUGUUCAUAAACAAUAACUUUUUGAAUGCAAUUCAUGUGAAUACGUUUUUCGAUAAAAAGAAUUUGACGCGAGUGGAUAUGUAUGCAAAUGAAAUCAAUCAUUUAGAAUUGAAUAGCUUACGUUUGUCGACAGUGCCGGGAAACAAAACACUACCGGAAUUUUAUAUUGGCGGUAAUCCUUUUCAGUGUGACUGUACUAUGGAGUGGCUCCCAAUUAUAAAUAAUAUGACCGCUAUGAGACAAUAUCCGCGAGUGAUGGACUUAGAAAAUGUUUUGUGUAAGAUGACAAAUACACGUAGUGGAACGCAUGUGCCCUUAACUAACCUUAAGACGACAGACUUUCUUUGUAAGUAUGAGACUCAUUGUUUUGCUAUCUGUCACUGCUGCGACUAUGAUGCGUGUGACUGUGAAAUGACCUGCCCUCACAAUUGCACCUGCUACCACGAUCCAUUGUGGAACACAAAUGUUGUCGAUUGUUCGGGGCAAUCUUCAAUGGAAAUACCACAGAAAAUACCCAUGGAUGCAACAGAAGUGUUUUUAGAUGGCAAUAAUAUUCGGGAAUUGCAGAAUCACGUGUUUAUCGGAAGACAGAAGAUGAGAACACUGUAUGUUAAUAAUAGUAACGUAGAUAGCAUUCAAAACAGAACUUUCUCUGGUUUGAACUCGUUACAAAUACUGCACUUGGGUAACAAUAAACUCAAAGAAUUAAAAGGAUACGAAUUCCAACAGUUGAAUAACCUAAAAGAACUAUUCUUACAAAACAAUCUAAUCAGUCAUAUCGCAAACAUAUCAUUUUUAUCUCUUAAGUCCCUAGAGUUGUUACGCCUUGACGGCAAUAGACUCGUAGACUUCGGAGUAUGGAGCUUUAGUAACAAUCUAAACUUGAAGGCAUUAUCAUUAGGAAAUAAUUUGUGGUCCUGCAAAUGUCGCUACCUGCAAGAGCUAACUGCGUUUUUGGCGGAGAAUGCGCAAAAAAUUAUUGACAUUACGGACGUGUGGUGUUGGAAUGGCGACGCGAAACCGCCGCAGAAAAAAGAACUCAACUUAAAUGGCACUGCCUGCAGCGAUUAUUACGCCGAUAAUUCAGUCAUUGGAAACAUGUUGGUCUCAAACUAUGUUCCCAUGAUGGUUUCAACUCUAACCGGGUUCAUGUUAAUUUUACUGGCUCUGGUCCUGCUGUUUCUUUUUAGAGAUUCACUGAGAGUGUGGCUGUAUACAAAUUGCGGCAUUAGAGUGUUUUCGUUACCCGGAACUUUUGAGGAGAAUCAAAAAUUAUACGACGCCUACGUUUGCUAUAGCCCAAAAGACGAAGAGUCUGUCGUGCAGUCGUUAGUGAAUGAGCUAGAAAACGGGAAUCCAUCGUACCAUCUUUGCCUUCAUUACCGUGACAUUCCACAUCACGGCGCUCAGUACAUGCAAUGCGCGCCGCCAGACGUCGAGACCGCGGAAGCAUCCAAACGAAUAAUUAUCGUCCUAACGAGAAAUUUCAUGCAAACCGAGUGGUCCCGAUACGAAUUCCGACAAGGUCUGCACGAAGCAUUAAAAGGGUGUAUUUAUAAACUCGUUCUAAUAGAAGAGUGUUCUGUGGUGGCGGACGCAAUGUGCGACCCCGAUUUACGACCCUACCUCAAGACGGGAUCGCGGCUGAGGUGGGGACAGAAAGGGUUCUGGGAGCGUCUCAGGUAUAUAAUGCCCGAUUCGACGCAUUCAAGCCAUAAAUCGCGAUCUCAUAGUUAUAGAAGAAGUAUUAACACGUAUACAUUAGAUUCGUCUGUGCCUAACGGAGGGAAUCGCACGAUGGCUUUUCCUGAUAAGUCGCCUGUGUUGGGAGUUGCGAAUCAGGGGGCUAGUGCGCCACCGGAAUACGUCACAGAGGUCCGACAGUCACCUUCUGUUGUUAGACAAACCCAGGGCGUCGCUUACGGGCCGGACGGCAGGCCGAUCUCAGAUCACAUAUAUUCCUCGAUAGAUUCUGACUAUUCAUCCUUGGAACAUGGUAUGGCCCCGGGCAGGCGGCGAGACAUCCGCCAGUGGCCCCCGCCCCCGCCUCUCGUCGACACGGGCAACGCCGUGCAAGCCUACCUAGUCUAA